AUGGCCGGGCGACAUCCUGCAGUGGGCUUCUAUGCCCACCUCUGGCAGACGGCGCCGCAGUUGGCGCUGGCUACAGCGGCGCUGUACUAUGCCCGCCCGCUGCUGGAGGACUGGCUGCUGCCGCCGGCGCUGCGGAUGCGGUCGGUGGCGAAUGCGGUGCGGCGGGCGCGGAUCGGCCUGCUGGCACGGGUGACGGCCAUGGACGGAUCAAGCAGCAGAGGUUCCGCGACCGGCGCCGGGCGUCCGACGGGCCGCGAGCUACUGGCUUUUGCAGGGAUCGCGCUCUGGGCGGCCUUGCUUGAUGCGCUCCUCUCGACGCUGCGCCGAUCGCUGGCAUCAGCGAGCCGUGGUCGGUAUCGGUCGUAUCUGUUGCGACUUUUGCUCGGGGCUGAGCCUGGCGCAGUGGGUAAGCUGCAGGGCGACGGCGGGCCCGGCCUCGGGCGCCGGCUGACGGUAGCUGCGACGCAGCUGGCCCGUGCAGCAUCGAUGGUCACCUCGGUCCUUCCCGCCAUUGUAGGUGACUCGUAUGCGCUUGUGGUUGAGACUGCGGCGUUGAUUCGUGGGCGGCGGAGUGGCAGGGCAGCGGAAGCACGGGGAAACCUGUUGCGGCUUGACGCGAUGCUGCUCCUGCACCCAUUGCUGGGCUUUGCGCUUGAGCGCUGCUUGCGCGCUGCCCGCGAUCGGCUCGGCACGGCGGUGGAAGCGCGUCGUGGGCGCAAAGCUUCAGCCAAUGCCCGUGGUGUGGCGCUUCUUCAGGAGGCUGGUGCCGGCGCGGUCGAGUUGCAGAUGCAUCCCGGGGCGGUGGCGGCGAUGGGUGCGGCGGUAGAGGCGAUCCACAACGACGACGCAGUCUCGCACUACGGCGUGCUGUCGAUGGCGCACACAGUGCUCAAUGCGUGCUGUUCGCGGUCGACCUUUGAGGCGCUGCUGGAACUCUCGGUCGUGCCAUGGGUACUGAUGACCAAGAGAGUCGCCCAUCCCGAGUACGCGCAGGCAGUGUCGGACGUGAAUCGACUUUUGGCGAUUUUACGCCGACUGUGGGCGUUUACGUCGCUGCUCUUUGCCUCACCGCACGAGCAACAGGAGCUGAAUGCCAUCCUCAACCUGCCUCAGGCAUCGAGUGCCGCGGCCGGACCUGAUUCCGGACCGCUGGACACAGUGGUUCUGCCGAGCGGCAUCGAGUACGUCUACCCCGAUCGGGCGUCAUGGAAGCUUCGGGUGGGCGCCGAGAUCGAGCUCCGCGCUGGGCGCAGCUACGCAGUGGUCGGGCCGAACCAGGCCGGAAAGUCGACGCUGGUGCGGCUACUGGCCGGGCUGGUGCAGCCGACAGCGGGUCGCGUGGUGUGGCGUAGUAGCGACGAGAGCGAGACAGGUCCGGCGCGGGCGCGGAUUGGAUAUGUGAGGCAGUCGCCGUUCCUCUUUGCUGGCACCGUUCGGCAUAACCUGCAGCUGUUCGCGGCGGGUGCCAGUGACGCCGAGCUGCGGGACGCACUCGACGCUGCCGGGCUGGCAGAGCCUAGCGGCGGGGGUGACGUCCUCGAGCUGGAGAUCGAGAGUGGCGGAAGCAACUUGUCGGGUGGCCAGGCCCAAAGUGUGGCGCUGGCGCGAGCUCUGGUGCGGCGCGAUAUCGAGCUGCUGCUUCUGGAUGAGGCGCUGUCUAAGAUGGAUGUGGGCAAACGGCGCGACCGGGUGCUGCCGCAGGUUUUGGCAGCGGCGGCGCGGCGUGGACUUGUUGUGCCUUUGACGGUGUGA